AUGAAGUGUUUCAAUUUCUUGAUUGCUAUAGUAGUGGUUUUUGGAGUGUUAGGAGUCUGCAAUGGCAGUGGGUUGAGGGAGAAUUUCUACAAAAGUAGUUGUCCUCAAGCCGAGCAGAUUGUUCAAAACAUUACUUGGAAACAAGUUGCUAGCAAUCCGGCAUUGCCUGCUAAGUUGCUGAGGAUGCAUUUCCAUGACUGUUUUGUUAGGGGCUGUGAUGCCUCGGUAUUGAUUAACUCCACAGCAAAUAACAUAGCUGAGAAGGAUGCAAUUCCAAACCUAUCACUGGCAGGAUUCGACGUUAUUGAUGAAAUAAAGACCCAACUGGAGCAUACUUGUCCUAGAGUAGUAUCUUGUGCGGAUAUUAUCGCUUUAGCUGCUAGAGAUUCGUUCCAGAAAUCAAUGUGGCAAGUGCUAACUGGUAGAAGAGAUGGAAGUAUUUCACAUGCUUCAGAAGCUUUGGCCAACAUACCGUCUCCAUUUUUCAACUUCACCACUCUCCAACAAGCUUUCGCCAACAAAAACCUUAAUGUUCAAGAUCUCGUGGUUUUAUCAGGUGCACACACUAUUGGUGUUGGACAUUGCAACUUAUUCAGCAACAGGCUAUACAAUUUCACCGGAAAAGGCGACGCCGAUCCUUCCCUGAACUCCACUUACGCGGCCUCCUUGAGAACGAAAUGCCGGAGCCUCUCUGACACCACAACCACGAUAGCAAUGGACCCUGGGAGCGCUCUAACAUUCGACAACCAUUACUUCUCUAACUUGAAGAUUCACCAAGGCCUUUUCCAAUCUGAUGCUGCAUUGUUGACUAACAAAGGUGCCACAAAUGUUGUUGAUGAAAUGUUAAUUUCUGGACCGUUCUUCACUCAGUUUAACCAAUCUAUUCAGAGGAUGGGUGCAAUUGGAGUGCUCACUGGAACUGCAGGAAAGAUAAGGAAGAGAUGUAGUGUGGUUUAA